AUAUUUUUUACUCUUUUGUCCUUGGCUUAAUCUUUGUGUGAAAACGUGUUGACAGAUUUUUAAAAUAUUAUUGAUAUUGACAUUUUGCCUCUAUACCUACCUACCUAAAAAUCAAAUGCCAUAUAUAAAUUAUGUAUUAUUGAAAUAUUUCGAUAAUAAAAAUUAUUGCUACUACCUAUAUACAAAAUUUGGACAUGCGGUAUUAUUUAUCUAGUUUAAACAUACAUACCCUAGAUCAAUGUUUACAAGCUCAGCGUAUUUGAAAAAGCAUACUCCUGAAAAUGGAAUUGACCGUGAAAGCUAUUUAUCAUUGCUAGUGGAUGAAUAUUUAAACACAUCUUUAUACGAUGCUAAGUGCCAGGUUUUGGCAAAUCUCUCAAACUUUGCAUACGAUCCAAUAAAUUACAAAUUCAUAAGAGAUGUUGGUGUUCUAGAUAUAUUUUUAUUUGUAGUAAAGAAUGAGACAGAUACCAAAUUGCUUCAUUAUGCCACAAGUGGGAUCUGCAACUUGUGUGUUGAUACCUUAAAUGUGGAGUACAUUCUAUCAAAUGAGGUUUUAGACCCACUUACAAAUUUAUUAAACUCUGAACAUAAUGAGACAGUGGCUGAUGUCUUGACAACUCUAUUUUAUCUACAAAAAUUGCAUUCAAAAUUAAUAAAACCUCAGGUUAUUGAAAAAGUUCUAAUAUUAACUAAGUCUAAUGAUAAAAUAAUAAGUAAUUUAGCUACAAUUCUAUUAAAUGAAACUGACAGUAAAUUGAAUGCCAAAGUACACUACAGUAUGAAUAUGCAUAAAAUGCUCUCAAAUAGAUUUCCAUUCAUUGCAAUUAACAAUAAGAAUUAUCAAAAGAUAUGCAAGUUGCAUACAUCUUUUAGUAGAACUGCAUUUAAAGCCGGUGAUAAAAUACGAAUACAAAAAACAUUGACACAGAAGGAUUUGGAUACCUUUUCAAAUCUAACUAGUGAUCACAAUUAUUUACAUAAGAAUAAUGGUAACAAGAGACCUAUAGUGCAUGGUGCAUUUUUAAAUGGAUUGGUUGCGGGCCUGAUUGGGACACAUUUACCCGGCCCUGGUACAAUACUUGUUUCACAAACCAUGAAGUUUCCAAAUAAAUGCUUUGUUGGUGAAAAAUUAACAAUCAGUGUUGAACUUGUUGAUGUCAGAAAAUUAUUGAGAGUUAAAUUCUUUUGUGUAGUUGAAGAGGAGAAAAAGGUUGUUUUUGAAGGUGAAGCUAAGCUCAUGCUGACUAAAGAUGUAUAGUUUAAAUAAAAUUACAUUUUAUACAAAUGAUUUAAGUUUUCUUUAGUGUUAAUUCCGCCAAUAUUUGUUUUUAAAACCUCUAAACCUCUAAGACUAGGUCUCAUGCCAGAUUUUGGCGAGACAACACAUCCUGAGGAUGCCUCGUGUAGAAGCGAAACACGUGUCAAAUUGUUUUAAAAACAAAUAUUGGCGGAAUUAACACUAAAGAAACCUUAAAUCAUUUGUAUAAUUAUGGAUUUCCGAAAAGUAACGCCUAAUUCAAUAAAUUUUAUUACAUUUUAUAUCAGUGAGAUGAAAGUCAUGCUAAAUUAAUAAAAUUGUGCUACUUGAAGAUUGAACAGUGUGGCGACACUGAAUAUUAUAAUUGAGAACAUAAAUGAACACAUAGGUAUUUAUAGUUAUGUGCAAUUAAAUGUGCCAAUAAUAUGAGGGAAAUAAUACAAUGAAAACUGCACUACAAAGUAUGAUAGUGUUUUUUUCACUUUAUUACAAAUAUCACAUACAUAUUUGUAAUAUGAACAGAUAUUUUAGUAUGUCCUUUUUUCUGCCAAGUAUGUAAUUUAUUAAUUAGUAUUAUAAUAAUAACUAUUGUAAUUUUAAGCUUUGAAGUCCAUUCUUAGAUGUACAAUAUAGUUAAAGAAAUGUAUUUAAAUACAAAAUUCAAAUAUGUAUUGAGUACUUUUUUACUAUUGCAAAUAAAAGUAUUGAAAAUAUUUGUAUUCUGUAUUUUUAAUACUAAAUUUAAAGUAGUAGUUACUGUCUUGCGUGUGUGAUAGGGAUUCACAUUGCAAAUCAAUGUAUUUGAUUUUUCUUGACUUUUCUGAGAAACAACAAUUCUCAAUGUUAUUAUGGGGACCCACAAAAUAGAUUUUUCAUAUUUGCAUUUUAAAUACAAGUAUUUUUAAAUAAGUCACAUCUAUUAUUUAAUUCAUUAUAUUGUAAUAUAAUAAUUAACAAUAAAAGCAGCUUAAGAAACUAAAAAACACUUUGGUUGAAAAGAUAAUGGUUGAAAUUUUAAAUGAACCAAUUCCUGCCUUAUCAACGAUAGGAGAUAAAAUUUAAUAAAUUAACAAAAAUCUUAAGAUGUUGUAUUAUUAAACAAUGACUAAAUAUGAUAAACUUCUUUAAAAUGUCCAACUUUAUUGUAAGAGACUGACUAAAUAUCAAAUAAUUAAACUAAUAUUAAGUAAAUGUUUGAAUAUUGUUUUGUGUAGCAAUAGUAUAUUUUUGUUGCCUGGUUUGACACAAAGUACUAGAAGUGACAGCCUUGUUAAAUAUAAUGCCUGAGGGGUGGCUUAUAGAGUAAGCAGUGAUUUAGUAACAAUCGGAAUAGCAGAUCUGAAACAGCACAUACAUAUGAUGCAUUUCAGUAUAACUAACUGUGGAGACUUCCGACACCUGGAACUAUAUGAAUGUAAAAAUAAUCUCUUAAAGAAAAAGCUUAUGAGGGAAUGAAUAUAUAUAUAUAUAUAUUAAUUGUUUUUAAAGUGCAGUGAUUAUUGUUUUUAUAAAAAAUAUGUGUUUAUAACAUAAUGAUUUAAGUGUCCAGUAUUACAGUAGUAAUACAGUAUUUAUUGUGAGUAAUGUUGUUUUGUUUUAAAUUUUGUUAUUAAUUUAUUAAUUUCACAAGUGUUGAGAUUUUUUAAUAUAAGGAAUAUAUGUUAAUUUCGAUGGUUAAA